GAGACAGGGAGAGAGAGAGAGAGAGAGAGAGAAUACUGCAGGUAUUCCUAUCUGCCUAAUUUUUCUGCUCAAAAAAUAUAGGAGAACCCGCAGCCCGGUGGAAGGAGCCUAUUUAAGUCGGGAGAAAGGUUGAACUUUAACAGAAAUGGCAGUUAGGCCAGUUGAACGGGUUCCUGAAACAUCCAAAAAGGUUUUCUGUUGCCCCUGGCUUUGCCUGGAAAGGAUAAGUUUAGUGUACUUGAAGAUUGAUUGCAUAUAUUUUAAAUUGAAGUAAAAAAAAAUCACAGACUGCAGGAGCACUGAAGAGGGAAAGGCUGCACAAGGGAUGGAAAGCCCCCAUCUCGCCUCUAUCCUUUAAUAAAUAAGCAUAAUCUCCAGUAUGCGUGAAAGUCUGCAAACGUCACUGUAAACAACCGGGCCCACCGGUUUGCUUUGCUCUCCCCUCCAAAGGAGGAGGCAACACCUUUUUAUUUUGUUUUUUAAUCUGCACACGAAGCACCUAGGGCGAUCCAUUCUUCCCAUUAGGAAAGUCCCUCUCCAGGAACCAGGACACCUACGUUCUGCACAAGCCCCCAGCGAUGCUCUCUCCCUCACCGCCUGGUCCAAGGGAGCAGGGGCUGCUUUACGCGCGUCCCCGGCUCAGUUAAUUGAAGUUCUGCCUCUUUCCUGCUAAACUUUUUCCCCGGUCUGCCUUCGCCAGCCCCCUCGUCUGAUUACAUCUAGUAAUUCUCCACUGAAUGAACGUCAUUUACAAUAGUAGGGAGCUCUGCGCCCGCUGCUGCUUCACGCUCCAUUUGUCCUCCAUUCUCCCUUUAAAGUACUCGUGUAAUAUUAAUAGUCAUGAAUAUCAAUUAUUAUGAGGCGGUGUAGGCAAGCGGCGGGAGGAAGGGGCGCCCGAGCAGUCUGAGCCCAGCUUCGGGCGGAAGAGGACUGCUUCUGGAGCCCCGAAGAACCGCAGAAGAAAAAAAGCCAAAAACACAGCAAGAGACCGAUGAACAGCUCUGCGUAUGUUAGUCCACACCUAUUCAUCCAUGGACCGGCACGAUGGCGUCCCGAGUCACAGCUCACGGCUCUCCCAGCUGGGCUCGGUGUCCCAAGGACCUUACUCCAGCGCCCCGCCGCUGUCCCACACGCCGUCGUCAGAUUUCCAGCCACCCUACUUCCCGCCCCCCUACCAGCCGCUCCCCUACCACCAGAGCCAGGACCCCUACUCCCACGUCAACGACCCCUACUCCCUGAACCCCCUGCACCAGCCCCAGCAGCACCCCUGGGGGCAACGACAGCGGCAAGAAGUGGGUUCAGAAGCCAGCUCUCUCCUGCCCCAGCCUCGGGCCGCCCUGCCCCAGCUCUCGGGCCUCGACCCCCGGAGGGACUACCACUCGGUCCGCCGGCCGGACGUGCUCCUGCACUCAGCGCACCACGGCCUGGACGCGGGCAUGGGUGACAGCCUCUCGCUGCACGGUCUCGGCCACCCCGGGAUGGAAGACGUCCAGUCAGUUGAAGAUGCCAAUAACAGCGGCAUGAAUCUAUUGGACCAGUCUGUCAUAAAAAAAGUUCCGGUUCCUCCCAAAUCUGUGACUUCUCUGAUGAUGAAUAAGGAUGGUUUCCUGGGAGGCAUGUCUGUCAACACCGGUGAGGUGUUUUGCUCGGUCCCCGGCCGUUUGUCUCUGCUCAGUUCAACUUCAAAAUACAAAGUAACUGUGGGGGAAGUUCAGAGACGGCUGUCGCCCCCCGAAUGCCUCAAUGCGUCUCUCCUCGGCGGCGUCCUCAGAAGAGCCAAAUCGAAAAAUGGGGGGAGAUCUUUGCGAGAAAGGCUAGAAAAAAUCGGUUUGAAUUUACCCGCGGGCAGGCGCAAGGCAGCAAAUGUCACGUUACUCACCUCCCUGGUGGAAGGAGAGGCUGUUCACUUAGCUCGGGAUUUUGGGUACAUUUGCGAAACGGAGUUUCCCGCCAAAGCUGUUUCUGAGUAUUUGAACCGGCAGCACACGGACCCCAGUGACCUGCACUCCCGGAAGAAUAUGCUGCUGGCCACCAAGCAACUUUGUAAAGAAUUUACGGAUCUGUUGGCUCAGGACCGGACGCCGAUCGGAAACAGCCGGCCCAGCCCCAUCCUGGAGCCGGGGAUCCAGAGCUGCCUCACGCACUUCAGCCUCAUCACGCACGGCUUCGGCGCCCCGGCCAUUUGCGCCGCGCUCACGGCCCUGCAGAACUAUCUCACCGAGGCGCUCAAAGGCAUGGACAAGAUGUUCUUGAACAACACCACCACUAACAGGCACACGUCUGGGGAAGGCCCAGCUUUGCCCGCAUGGUUUAUGAGCUUCUUCAAAGAGGACUUGGGCUUCCUACACAAUCUAUAAGGGCAACGCGCCCCACGCGUGUGACGUGCGAGAGACGCGAUGGACGCGCCUUGCUCUUACUGUGCAGGUCCCGAGAGCGUGGGGGCCACUCGCGCCCAGUCGUGUUGAGGAUAUAGAAUCAGCCGCUGGAGGGGCCGCGGGCCGCGCGGGCCCUUCCCGCUCUCGGUCUCACCCUAAGGGCUAAGGCGACCGAGAAAGCCCGGUGCUCCAGUAGGUAAUGGGGCGGCGCCCCGCGGGCUGCAGGCGGGAGGGGUCUCAGCGCUGCCCGAGCCCCUUGCUGCCAGCGGCCGCCCCGGGCGCCAGCUUCCCGAGGGCGAGUGGCCUAGAAAUGUCCAGGGGAUCGGAAGCUUCCCCCGCCUUUGCCGGUACGCAAUCUCUCCACCCUCAGGCUCCCAAAGGCGGGUGAUGGGGUAGGAAUUGUCUUACUGGGCUACGCAGGCUCCUUCGUCGCCCUUCGCCCUCCUCCGUGCGUUCCCUUGGCGCCCGGGCUGAGCAGAGCGCUUAGCAUCUCUCCCCCGCACCCCCCCUCCACGCAACGUGGAGAGAACCCACUGCCCCCUCUCCCUCCCUCACUUCUCCUUUCCUGUACGACCCCCGCCCCCUUGCUUUCGUUAGCCAGGCCUGCUACGUUUAUCUGAUAAUUGAGUUAUUAAAAGAUUUGGUUUCCUUGGGCCCAUAAACCAAUAAACAGUGGGAUUAACUCAAGAGUUUGCCUUUUAAGUCAAGGGAAACGUUUAAAGCAAGCCCCUUUGAGUCUUGUUUUCAAACUAAACAGGUGAGUUGCAGCUCUCCCCCGCCCCCCCCACCCCCGCACUCUUAAGACACUGUAUCCAAGCCGCGUGCCCCGACCUAAGUCCCCCGUCCCAAACCAAAAGAGCUAAAGGUAGAAAGCAAGAGUCAGGACGUGGCAGCGUUGCCCUCACACUUUCCACUUUGCAAGUUCCUUUGGAGGUUCUAAAGGUCUCCUGACCAUUCUCUGUCCAGUCCUGCCUCCUCUUACACAUAUUGUGGCUCUCCUGGAAGCAAAGAGAGAGAAAAAAAGGGCUGUUCUGGGCGAGGAUUCUCCCCUAGUUAGCUUUUUUUUUUUCCUUCUCUCUGGCACCACAUCCUUAGCUUUCUCCACCCCUACAUAAAGAACUGAAGAACCUUUCAAAGACCUGGCUGUUUUAUUUUCUUUGGCCAAGGAAACCACUUUCUCUCAAGCAACUAUUUUAUAUCCUAUGAAAACUUCGGUCGAAUGGAAAACCUGAAAUACCCCAAACUUAUCUACACACUGUUCCUCCGGUACAAAGCCUUACUUAAAAGGGCAACUCGUUCCUACUUAGAGUGUUUAUAGGGAGUUUGUCCUCACAUCUGAUAUCCUGUAUGCGUAAUACAUUCUGUGGAAAGGAAAUAACCUUAAACCAUCUGAUGUUGCCUCAAGAGCCCAAACAGUGUUUCCCCUCCUGUGCCGAUGUAUGUUAAAUGAUCAGGUUAAAAAAAAAACAAAACAAAAUUCGUUUUGUUUUCUUUUAAAAAGUAGAAUGAACACUAUUCUUCUUGAAAUGCCAAAAUCGACUCCUCUGUUGAGUUGGUCUCUAAUUCACUAACAUUGUUUUUGACACACAAUCGAGAAAUAUCAAUCUAUUGACUCUUCACGAGAAGAGCUCUGGAGGGUAUCCAUGUUAAGUUUGUAUAUAUUUAUUUAUGCUUAAUUUAAUGGGAAUGUGUAAAUAUGGCGAGCAGGUAGUUUGGGAUUAUUUAUCUGUGAAUCUAUACCUCUGUGAAUGGGUGGUUAAAAAAAAAAAACAAACCGCUUGACCCUAGGUAGAAUCCUAUCUGAAUUUUUCUGUUCUUUAUAGACAAGCUGUUAUGGUAAUGGGUAGAAAUUGGU